AUGCACACGCUGAAUCACUUGUUCAAGCCAUUUGUAACCAGUAGCUUCCUGCUAAAAGAUCCCUUGUCUAAACUUGGCAUGGCUCAUGCUUUUGAUGCUUCAAAAGCCAAUUUCAGUGGCAUAUCAGGGGUGAAUGACCUGGUUAUAUCUGCCGUUGUCCACAAGGCUUUUGUUAAGGUCAACGAGGAAGGGACGGAGGCGGCUGCUGCUACUGCAGUUGUUAUGGUGAAGCGUCUUUGCAAGCCCAUGCCACCUCAUGCGGUCAAUGUCAACCACCCAUUUUUAUUUGUCAUCAGGGAUCAUCGGGCCAAUGGAAAUAUUUUGUUUUUGGGCCAAGUUUCAGAUCCUGAUCUCAAGUAA